AUGAUCCACGCGCGGAAUUGCACACGAAAUUCUUCGAAAAGCUUCGGACUCUCCGUGGUACGAUAUUGCAAAUUUUUUAAAGAAAGAUACGAUUUCGACAUUGACUUUGACUUGGACUUCAAUUUCGACUUACAAUUAGACUUGGACUUGGACUUGGACUUCAAUUUCGACUUACAAUUAGACUUGGACUUGGACUUGGACUUCAAUUUCGACUUACAAUUAGACUUGGACUUCGACUUGGACUUCAAUUUCGACUUGGACUUAGUCUUAGACUUCAAUUUCGACUUGGACUUGGACUUAGACUUCAAUUUCGACUUGGACUUAGUCUUAGACUUCAAUUUCGACUUGGACUUGGACUUGGACUUCAAUUUCGACUUACAAUUAGACUUGGACUUCGACUUGGACUUCAAUUUCGACUUGGACUUAGUCUUAGACUUCAAUUUCGACUUGGACUUGGACAUGGACUUCAAUUUCUACUUGGACAUAGACUUGGACUUCAAUUUCGACUUGGACUUAGUCUUAGACUUCAAUUUCGACUUGAACUUGGACUUGGACUUCAAUUUCUACUUGGACUUAGACUUGGACUUCAAUUUCUACUUGGACUUAGACUUGGACUUCAAUUUCAAUUUGGACUUAGUCUUAGACUUCAAUUUCGACUUGGACUUGGACUUCAAUUUCUACUUGGACUUGGACUUGGACUUCAAUUUCGACUUGGACUUAGUCUUAGACUUCAAUUUCGACUUGGACUUGGACUUGGACUUCAAUUUCUACUUGGACUUAGACUUGGACUUCAAUUUCGACUUACAAUUAGACUUGGACUUCGACUUGGACUUGGUUUUAGACUUCAAUUUCGACUUGGACUUGGACUUCAAUUUCGACUUCUACUUAGACUUAGACUUGAACUUGGACUUCAAUUUCGACUUGGACUUGGACUUCGAUUUUAACUUGGACUUGGACUUCGAUUUCAAUUUUGAUUUCAAUUUCGAUUUUGAUUUCGAUUUUGAUUUCGAUUUUGAUUUCAAUUUUGAUUUCAAUUUUGAUUUCAAUUUUGAUUUCAAUUUCGAUGUUGAUUUUGAUUUUGAUUUUGGCAAAGAUGCGGUACUCUUCAUUGUGAAGCUUGUUUAA